CUGACAUGCAUAGUGGCUUAUAUUGCACUAAGUCACAAUCACUAAUAUGUAUAAUGCCAUUUUGCCUGGGCUGGACCACCCUGGAACAACAUACUUCUAUUAUCAUCUUGGUUAUACCAACAGCUCCGAGUGCAUGCCGUCUGGAUGGAGUCUCAACUCCUACUUCUCUCCGGGCCGAUGCCCUAGCGGCUAUACCGUUGCCACCACGGCGGUAUCAAUCACAAAUGACACAAGAACAGAAACCUGGGCAGACUGCUGUCCAACAGGCUAUUCAUAUGACAAGGCUUGGGGCCUGGGGGAGCGGUGUACUUCCACAGCUCCGCAGCUUGCGACGAGCACUUCAAACCCCACGCAACGAAACCAGGGGCUGGUCGCUGCAAAUGCUGUGUCAGUGAAAUGGAGUGCAGAGGAUUUCUCCACCAGUUCUACCGAUUCACAGAGCCGACAUGACAGCUUAUCUGUCACUGCAAAAGCCAGCAUCGGGAUUAGUGUCACAUUCGGAUUCUUCAUUGUUAUAGUUUUGGCUUUCACGGUCUACCAUCUUUGUAGAGGACAAAAGCAACAGCCGGGCGUAACAUACAAUCAAUCAGCGACGAGGAGAAAGAGAAGGGAUUGUUGUCUAAGAGUGGUGACUCUACUAGUUAUCGGUCUCUCUGGGGCACGUUGGGGCCCGAUUCGUGGAUAUACGAAUCAAUUGCCCAAUCGUUUGCAUCUUGCUGUGGGAGAAUGCAUCGGACAACUCAGAUGGAUCACACUUCGGCAGUCCCGGAAGCCGUUGUCUUAUAUUCAACUAUAUGAUAGCGCAAGCCGUGGACCAUGGGGCUCUUUUCGCAUCUUACUUCAAGACGAAUUCCGCUCACUUGUCACGGUCGGGGCGUGUGUUGUGAUCUUGGCCCUGGCCUUUGAUCCUUUUAUCCAGCAGAUAAUCAGCUACCCCGUUCAACCAACCCAACGAUACUCGAAAGAGGCAGUAGUCACACAAUCGCGCUAUAUUAUAGCAGUCUUCCAACGCGGACUCUGGCCAGACCCGGUUUCUCUCGACCCCAGCUGUCCCACCGGCAAUUGCACAUGGCCCCAUUACCGGUCCGUUGAGAUGUGCAAUCAAUGCGCCAAUGUCAACCCCUCAAGGGUGCUGCUCGCUGGGUGGGACUUUUCCUCAUUCAACUACAGUCUCCACGGAAACCAAGCAAUACCGGCCAGAAUAUCCAUGGUGGAUGGCCAGUGGUCCGACUUUCUGAUCGAGAUAAUCUGGCGCAAGGUUGGAUUCUAUCGCGCAUAUAUCCCCAGCAACCUUUACUUUCUCGAUGGGCCAAACAUUACCUAUGACUCUGACACCAAAUUUGUGGCGGGGAUUUCGAAUCCCUUGGCCGUGGUUACACAUGUGGAGCUGAAUCUUCCAGUCACCUGGAAAUCCAACGAUGACCUGCUGAGAGCGAUUGGAGUAGCCAAGGUGACCCAAUGCGCCUUCACAGUCUGCGCCAAGACAUACAACGUCUCUGUAACCAACGGAGUUGCCUCCGUUCAAACCCUAGACGAAGACAUGGGGUCAUUCUACCCUCCCGAUUAUCUAUCAAAUCUUGCCACCUCUGUAUGCUGGAAACCCAACUCAAGUCCGAUGACCAACUGGACCACCGCGGGACAGCGGGAAGGAAGUUACGCAAAGACCGAUCCGGCCAACUAUGAGUUCUGCGGGUUGGACUCUGUGCGCUACUGGGAUUCUCUCCCACUGUCUGGCACCGUGAGCCCGGAGUAUGAAUUGGAGACAUCCUUGAAUGGGUCCAUGAUCUGGCAGCCUCUGGUAAUAAAUCCUUAUCCCUCAUCGGCAUCUGUGCAGAAAGUGUACGAGAUGGGAUUGGCCACCACGAUGGACAAGAUUGGCGCCGCACUCUCAAAGCUGGCCCGCACCUAUAGCAACAAUUCGAUAUACGGCGUGGUGAUCACCCAGGACUCCUAUGUUGCCGUGAAAUGGCCGUGGUUAGCCCUACCCGCCGUGCUGCUCGUGGCAGGAACGGUUUUUCUUAUCGCCACGGCGCUCAUCACCUCGCAUGACGGGGCCAGCUUGUGGAAGUCCUCCGUCCUACCUCUUCUGUUCCAUGGGCCGGAGCCCAACCUGGUCACUCGCGACAUGGUGGUUGAGCAUGGCCCAUGUGAAGUGGCGAGCGAGAUGGAGCAGGCGGCCGGUGAAGUAAAUGUGGGGUUGGGGGUAUCGGAGGAAGGAGGGAGAACAAUGCUGCAAGGGGAGAGGCGGAGCGCGGAGCCUACUGUUGGCCAAUUGCUUCGCCGCCAAACCUUCUAA